AUGGGAAAAAUUAUUUGCAAGGCUUGCCAUGCCUACGAUUGCGACUCAGAGGAAUACAAUAUUCAAAUUACCGAUGGAGUCGACAAUGCGCCUUACGAAAUUAUAGGUCCAGAAGAAGCAUACAAUGGUGAAAAUAUUACUCUUAUCUGUGCUGCUGUUAAACAUGACCAUCUAUCUGUAACUUGGUUAGAUGACCAGUUACAAGAGAUAACUAAUUCUGCAAAAGAGCAUGUUACUUCAAAGAGGACUAAAUUAACUAUUUGUAAAGAACUUGUGAUCUAUAACAUAAAUCAAUUAGACGAGAAAGACUAUCACUGCAGUGUUAUGUCUGAUACAAAGUCAACAAAAAUUAUAAUGUGGAAGAAGCCUUAUUUUAUAAGAGAUAAUAUGAAUUCCACUAGUACAAUCGUAUCAACAACAGAUACUCGAAAUUUUAUUCAUUUAUUUUGUUUUGUCGGAGGAUCGCCAGGACCGAACAUUACAUGGUACAAGGAUGAUGCACUUUUAAAUCUUUCGGAAGAUCGAUUUAGCCUUGUAUUUAGUGAUCAAAAAUUAAUUAUAAGACAUCCAGUGAAAGAUGAUAGAGCUGGUUUUGCUUAUUUUGAAGAAGGAGCUGUUGUUUUUAUGAAUCCAGAACUAACAGUUAACGAGCAAGCCGAGUAUCUUCCAUAUGAUAAAAAGUGGGAAUUUGCUAGAGAAAAAUUAAAGUUAGGUGAACAGCUGGAAAGUGGAGCUUUUCGGAUUGUAGUAAGAGCAGAAGCUUCUGGUAUAUGUGCCACAGAGCCUGUUACGAGUGUGGUUGUAAAAAUGGUUCACGAAAAUGCUGAACCAGUUUAUAUCCGUGCUCUUGUAAGAGAACUUAAAAUUAUGAUGAAUCUGGGGCAACAUUUGAACGUAGUUAAUCUUCUCGGCGCCUGUACAAAAAAUAUAGCAAAACAGGAGUUUUUAGUGAUUCAUGAAUCGUGUGCUUAUGGAAACCUGGAAGACUAUUUAAGAUAUCAUAGAAGAAAUUUUGUAGACCAAAUUAAUCCAUCUACGGGUCAUAUUGAUUCACCUACUAAGCAAAAAUUCACAAGAGCAAAAAACCUGGAUUCAGAAUCAUACAGUCAUGUAAGAACGGCAUUCAGCAACAGUGAUGCAAACUUUCCCUUUACCAAGGCUCAGAACUUUAAUGAUUCUAUUGAGUUCCGUAGUGCCUCUUACUGUGAUGAUCUACAAUUAAGUUGGCGUUCUAACUACGAAGGCAAUUAUCAAAACUGGAAUGCUGAAUGCAUCUGCUCCCAUGACCUCCUCUCUUGGGCUUAUCAGGUAGCUCAUGGCAUGGAAUAUCUAUCGAGGAGAAACAUUUUACAUUGUGAUUUGGCUGCCAGAAAUAUUUUGCUAUCUACAAAUAACAUCGUCAAGAUUUGUGACUUUGGUUUGGGCCAGACGUUGUACAAAGACAUCAAUUAUACGAGGCUACACGAUGUAAAAUUGCCGUUCAAGUGGAUGGCCAUCGAAUCCCUCAGGGACAGAGUUUUUUCGACUGAAUCCGACAUUUGGUCAUUUGGUAUUGUGAUCUGGGAGUUUUUUACUCUUGCAGAGACACCAUACCCAGGCAUGCAAGCCUCAGUAGUAUAUCAAAAACUCAUUGACGGAUACAGGAUGGGCCAACCAAGAUAUACAACAAAAUAUCUUUACAAUAUCAUGCUCAACUGCUGGGAGGACGAGCCAACUUUAAGACCAUCAUUCACAAAACUAUCCAAAAAUAUUGGUAUGCUUUUAGAUAAAAGUACGAGAGAGCACUUUGAGAAACUGUACCAAGAGUAUGAGAACAUUAAUAAGGAAGUGGACUUGAAAAGAGAAAAUGAUUAUUCGACAAAUAUAUCUUUACCAUAUAAGGUAGCACUUGCCCUACCUCAACAGACUUAUGAAAAUCGAUUGCUGCAGACUACAUUAAAAUACGACAAAAUGUCACCAGCAGCUUAUUAA